AUAUCUUUUUAAUCUAUCUUUAGAAGUAUUUAAACCAUAUGAAUUAUCAUUGUACUAUCAAUUCCUCACUAAGCCUAGAUCUCAACUGAAGUGGAGUGGAAAAAUUUACAGCACCAGUUUUAACUAAAGUUAUUUUUUUUAACGUUGCAACUGUAAACUUUCAACUAAACAACAUAUCACAACCUAUUUUAAAUCAAUAUGGUUAAGGUUCCUGAACCUAUAGAACGAUUGUUCGAUACUGUUCCAAUCAUAACCUAUCCCAAGGAAGAAAUUAUCGAUCACAUUGAUCAAUUUUAUUUCGAAGGUGAAAAUAAAACUAAUGAUGAUUCAUUUAAAUUAGGUGUACAUCAAGUCAUUCCAUAUCAAGGUUCUGAUGAAAGAAUACGAUAUAUACCGAAUGAUCCCAUAUCUUUAGGGUAUGCCUUAUGGUUAGCUCAUAAGAAUAAUUUGAAAUUGCCUACCAAGGAUGGAAAAGGACAAUCAUCAAACAAUUCAAUUAUUCAACUUUCAUAUCAUGCUGCUCCUGAUCAACAAUUACCGAUCUUGAUUGAAGACAGUAACGAAUCAAGAAAUAUCAUCUCAUUAACAGCAGUAAAGAAAUCAGAUCAUACCAAUAUCGAAUCGAAGUUAAUUACUGAUUUGAUUGAUUCGAAAUUCAUUGAUUUAUGGAUAUUAUGUUUAUUGAAUGAACAUCCGAAUCAUAUUUUUAAAGAUGAAGAUGAAGAUGAUUUAUUCCAUUUAAAUAAAUAUUAUAAUAGUUAUGAAGUGGCGAAUUGGAAAGCUUUUAAAAUCAGAUAUCCUAAUUUAUUUCAAAUAUCAGGCACAUCAAUUAAAACAUUCUAUAAAUCGGAAUUAAAACUGUUUAAUCAAAAUUUACAAUUAUUAUCAAGUAAUUUCAUCAAUUUAGAUAUGUCAUUGAAAUUGAAAUUAGUUGGGUAUGUCAUUAUAUUCGAUAAAUAUUUGUCUGAUACAGAAAUAGGUAUCAUAAUUAAGAAUUAUCCUUCAUUAAUUAAAUCAAGUUAUAAAUUACUUGAGAAAUACUAAAAUAUCUA